CCCUGCUGGAACUUGUCUUCGCGUCUGCAGUAUUGUCCGCAGUUUCGAGUACGAGUAAAAUUGCAACAUGGAAAUGUCUUGUUGUUCUUCUCCAGAGAAGAAACAGCGAACCAGUACCUUGCCACCACCGUGUUGUCAUGGACCUAAACCCAGUAUCUACAUCUGGCCAAAGUACGGUUGUCCUCCUCCGCAAGAAUGUCCACCACCCAAGUGUCGUUGCCCUCCUCCUCCGUGUCCACCCUUGACAUGUAGACCACGACCAGAACCACCAACCCGACCACCAACCAUCUGCAUCCCUGCACCAUGUCCGUCACCUCCUCCGCCAGUUCCGAUUCGAUGCCCACCACCACCUAAAACUACCAGCGUGUCUCGCGUGCAAUUUUGUAUUCGUAACGUGUGCGGGUAUUGCACUUACGCCCCUUGUUACUUUUCUAAUCCUCCAAAGUGUCCCUGUUUGAAUUGUUGUUGAAUUUUAAUCGCAGAAAUUAUAUUUUGUGGUAAAAUGAUUUCAUUUUUUAAUACAUUUUUCUUAUACUUCAGUGCAAUCGUGCUGCCUUUCAUGGAAAAGAAGUUUUUCUCGUCACUACUUCAUUGGGUUGUUUAGAAAGUCUUGACAUUUCUUGAUAUUUGUAUUAAGAUACGGAGAUGAAUAUUAUAAAUAAAUAAAUGAAUUGAUAAAUGGCGGAGAGUUGUUGAAAAAAAUAAAAGAACGUACACUUUAGUGCUGUUUAAUUUAAUAAAGGGAAAUUUACCUUUAAGUUUUCAUCAAAAAUAAUGAAAAUGUGUUUACUAACACAAUAUAUCCAUUAUGUUCUUUUUCGAAAUUGAAAAUGUUGUGAGAAGUGGAGUAUCCGAUUUCAGAUUUUUACUAUUUUGGACUCAGAAAUUUACGAAACACGAUAUUCGUCGACUGAAAAUUUCAAACGAAUUUUCACGAAUGGGACAUAAGCCAUAUUAU